ACACACUUCUCCUCACACCUUCUCCUUCUACUCCUGCUCAAAACCAGGGAUCCUCCACACCACACCCAUGGCCUGCUACGACCUCUGCCGCCCCUGCGGACCCACCCCGCUGGCCAACAGCUGCAACGAGCCCUGUGCCCUGCAAUGCCAGGACUCCCACGUUGUCAUCAACCCUUCCCCUGUGCUGGUCACCCUGCCAGGACCCAUCAUGACCUCCUUCCCCCAGAACACUGCCGUCGGAUCCACCUCCUCAGCUGCUCUUGGCAGUGAACUCAGUGCCCAGGGACAGCCCGUCUCUGGUGGAUUUGGUGGCUUUGGCUACGGCCUUGGCUAUGGCUAUGGGCUUGGAGGCCUGGGCUGUUACGGCAGAAGGGGUGGCUACAUCUGCUAAGGGCUCUCAGCACCACUCCUGACCCCACCAGCUCAGUGCUCUGGCAACAGCUCCCACAAGUAAAGCAGGAGAUGGUUGCCCUAACUGCACCGCUGAUCAACUUCCUUCAAAUUCUUUCUCCUUUCUCUUCAGUUUUUUUUUUUGCCUCAAUAAAGCUCUGUUGCAUCAAAGCCUUA